UCACAUGAAGGCUGCACGAGGUUGCAGAUAGACAGUUAUCCCAAUCUACAAUGCCAACCAUUGGACAGUCAUGGCGUGCGAUGUAGAAAGUGGGAAUUGGAAACAUUACAACUCGAUGCGGCCAAGACGUGGAGUGCGCGAUGAGCACUACAAUGAGGCUCUAAAAGUUAAACAAUGGGUGGCUGAUCACCACAACAAAUUUGUGAAGCCUCGAGUUACAGCUGCAGCUGUUGGGUCAGAGCUGUUUGAUGGCAGUUUUGUAUCUGUUCUGGAUUGUCCACAACAAGUUCCAGAGUCAUUGUGGGAUUUUCGUGUGCUUCAUAAUCAGGCAGUACGUACGUGGUGCAGAAGUGAAUACUUUGAUGGACGGCCUGACCCCAACUGGGCUACGAGCUGCAAUGGUGGAAAUGUUCUUAAGUGACCCGGGCAGAGGACUCCGUGGGAGGACAUUAUAAGAGGUUGUGAAGACAUUUCCCAGCGCGCAAGGUGCAACAACAGCAUUAGGAUGUUUUAUUGUGUCUUCUCGUAUCGACGU